CCUAUACUUUUAAUUAUAUCAAUAAACCGUAAAAAUCGGUGCAGUUAUUGAUCCCGGUCUUGCAUUUACUUAUCAGCCAAACUGAAGUGUUCUGGUAUGGUGUCUGGUCUCGAAUGUUAAGAAACUGGGUGUUAGUUUUCGUGUCAUCGGAGUAAAUUACCACUAUCCCUCUCUUUUUCUAAGAUGUUGGACAGUUAGAAACAACAAUUGAAUACAGGUCAUAUGUGAGUAGAUAUGACCAAAUUUGUGGGAGCAUCAGAAUCAUCCACAAUGGCAGCUCAACUAUGUCUUUGAUGAUUGCAUAGACAUGACAGCAGUAUCUGAUGAUAAAGGUUAACAACUAGAAAAAUCUGUCAACAGUUAAUUUCCUUGUCUUGGUAUGAACAUCGUUGAACUCAAAGAAGAAAGCUUAGCAUUCAAAAUGGCAAUGCCAGACACUAUUAACACUAUUGAGUGGAAUAUGAUGGACAAAAGCAAAUUUUUCCCCCUUAGUAUGUUAAGUUCCUUCACAGUACGAUGCUGUCUUUAUCCUUUGACUGUCAUCAAAACUAGGCUCCAAGUACAGCGACAUGAUCAAAUGUAUAAAGGAAUGGCUGAUGCAUGGAGAAAAAUUUACUCCUUAGAAGGGGUGGGAGGUCUUUAUAGAGGGUUUUGGAUAAGCUCAAUUCAGAUUGUUUCUGGUGUUUUCUAUAUCACUACUUAUGAAGGUGUCAGACAUUUACUUGGCCAGUCUGGUUUCAAUCCUCGAAUUAAAGCACUUGCAGGUGGUGGGGCUGCUUCUUUAGUUGGUCAAACAAUUAUUGUUCCAUUUGAUGUUCUUAGUCAGCACCUUAUGGUGUUAGGAUUUUCAAAACGAGGAAUGAAUGCAAAUCCUGAGAUGAUCAUGAACCCACUCGGAAUUCCUCUGAAUAAAAACCAUUCACAUUUUCGGGUCACCAUGGAUAUUAUGUCAGCUAUUUACCGUAGAGAUGGAUUUACAGGAUUUUACCGGGGCUAUGUUGCAUCCCUUUGCACUUAUGUUCCAAACAGCGCAAUGUGGUGGGCUUUUUACCAUUUAUAUCAAGAGGAAUUGCUUCGAAUUUUACCUGAUGACUUCUCCCACUUACUGAUCCAGUGCAUUGCUGGCACCUUGGGUGGAUUCACUACAACAUUACUCACUAAUCCUCUUGAUAUUGUGCGGGCCAGACUACAAGUUCAACGGUUAGAAUCAAUGCAAAAAGCAUUUAGAAUUUUGUGGAAAGAGGAACAAAUGCGCAUUUUCACCAAAGGUCUCUCUGCUCGCUUGGUUCAGUCUGCAUGUUUUUCAUUUUCAAUUAUACUUGGAUAUGAAACUAUUAAAAGAAUUAGUGUGAAUGAGGAAUACAAAGAACAUGUACGUUGGUAGCGCUAAAUCAAUUUCUAGUUCAUAAAUUGUUAUUAUGAAUUUUAUAUAGUAAUUUAUUUUUUUCAACUGUAUCAAAAUGGUGUACUAUAUUGGCUAAUAUCUUGGCAUCGACAUUAUUGACCGCACUCCCCCUUCGGUCCAAUCAAUCAAUCAAUUUACUCAGUUAAUGACUUUUUAACUGACAGUAAAUCUCAAAUAGGUUUUUCUUAAUGUAUUACGCAAUAGUGGUAUUUAAUUAUGAACUCCAUUGGUUUGGCUAAUUUAAAUGUAUUAAAUAUCUCCAUCACAAUACAGGCUGAAAGACUGAUUCAAAUUUCACAGUAAAAAAAAAGAUGCUUGUUGGUUUUCUCAAUUUCAGCUUUGGUAGUUUGAUAUAACUCUGUGCCUAAGUGUGCAGUCAUAAGUGAUAUAUUAAUUAGUUGACAGUGUUGCUAUACAGUGAACGUGAACAUGAUCAUAAAUAGUGGCUGAGACAGUAAGAUUAGGGUUUGCACAAGUGAUCUUUGGUAGAGUUGAGAACAAGCAGCAGCAAAUAAAAAUAGUAGCCAGCCUUCACUUAAAAUAUUGCAUAGUGUUUGUUGGUAUUUGUCCAAUCAAACAAAGGGGGUCUUGUAUUUUUAAUAUUUGUUUAUCAGAUGUGUUUUUUACAGUGAUCAUGUUAAUUUAACUCAGCUAGUGGCUGUGACAAUAUUGGUAUGAGAAUUGCUGUGCUUUUUGUGGCAUUUGUUUUGUCAAAUUAUCAGAUUUUGACUUAAUUACUGUUAUGUUUGCACAGGAUCUAUCUGAAAUGUAGUCUGUUUCUUUAUCCCCAUUAUGUGAGGAUAUGUGCAUCACCUAUAGAUAAUUUUUUCCAAAUCCAUAGCUUUGUGAUUUAUUCAGUUCAAUUUCUCCCAGCCCCUUUUCAAAACCACAUAUUACCUGACCUGUGUGAGUGUUUCUAUGUCAGGUUUCCUCUGAUUUGUGACAUCCACUUUGAAGCAGUUUGUACGUCUGUGAAAGUGUCAAUAUACUUAUCUGUAUAUCAUAAAUAAAAAGAAAUUUGAACAUUUGAACUGUUUGUGCAAAUGUUUCUUUGACAUUGUUUAACUAUGCAACAAUACAUGCAAGAAUGUUUUUGCUGCUCAUAUUUUGUGAUUGCUCGCAACAAAUCUGACCAUGUUUUCUAACUCACACAAAGUGUAGUUUGCUUUUGUGUAAAGAAAAUUGGUGUCACAUUUCCAAUUUAUUGAUUGCAAUCUUUAGUUUAAACAUUCUGGUCAGUUGUUACCUUUUAUUUGAUUUUCAUUGUUAAUCAUAGUAUUAUGAAGUUGUUUAUUGUUUGAUUAUAAUUUUAUUUGUGAUUGUGUCAAUGCAUAGACAGUUAUGUGCCUUAUUUUUUAUGGAGAACAAAAAAUAGAAAUAGGGCAGGUGAGAAAAUUGUAAUAGCAAGGACCUCAUGUAAUUUUAUUGCGGACAAUACGUGUAGUUUAGUGCAAUGUUUGUCAUUCCAAGGUGAGGCCUUGCCUUGAAUUAUUGCUUUUAACUAAAUUACCAACCAAUCUAGUCCAUUGUACUGUAUGCUGAAAUUGAAAGGUACAAAGAUGGAAUGAGAUGUUUCUUGAUUUUCACACAUUUCUGUCAUGAACUUUACAUUUCAAAGCUCAGUCUCCAUUUGGCUCUGCUGUUGUACUAAUUUUGUUGAGUUAAAAUUUAAGGCAAUCUGAAUCAAAGUGUAUGGCAUGUCUUGUGUUGUGUGGUGCGGGUCACCACCAUUUCAAUAAAUUGUUUCGAAAAUGACUUUA